AAACAAUCACAAAAUGAAUCAUGGAAACCUGGCAGUCGGCUGCGUAAAGAACGCUCGAGCGUUUCCUUCAUGACUGUUAAAGUAGUUUCUGAAAACAUAUGUUUUCCCCUCAUUAUUCCACGAGAAAUGUGACAGUUUACCAUAUGUAGAAAUAUACUAGCCACUUGAGUUAACACAAUGGCAUGCACCUCGGGAUCCACAACAAAAUCUGAGUUUAUAGUGGGCGGAAAGUACAGACUAGUGAGGAAAAUUGGCAGCGGAUCAUUUGGCGACAUAUACUUGGGAAUCAACAUCAGCAAUGGAGAUGAAGUCGCGGUGAAGUUAGAGUCCCACAAAGCGAGGCAUCCGCAGCUUUUGUACGAAAGCAAAUUGUACAAAAUACUGCAGGGCGGAAUUGGCAUUCCCAAAAUCAGCUGGUAUGGUACGGAGAAGGAUUACAAUGUCCUGGUCAUGGACUUGCUUGGUCCCAGUCUGGAGGACCUGUUCAACUUCUGCAGUCGCAAGUUCACAAUGAAGACCGUCUUGAUGUUGGCAGAUCAGAUGAUCAGUCGUAUCGAGUUUGUCCACGGAAAGAAUUUCAUCCACAGAGACAUCAAGCCCGAUAACUUCCUAAUGGGCAUCGGCAAACACUGCAACCAGCUCUUCAUUAUUGACUUUGGACUGGCCAAGAAGUACCGUGACAGCAGAUCCAAAUCCCACAUCCCCUACAGGGAAGACAAGAAUCUCACAGGCACGGCAAGAUACGCCAGUAUUAAUGCACAUCUUGGCAUUGAGCAAAGUCGACGGGAUGACAUGGAGUCUCUGGGCUACGUGCUGAUGUACUUCAACAGGACCAGUCUACCAUGGCAGGGUCUGAAAGCUGCCACCAAGAAACAGAAGUAUGAGAAGAUCAGCGAGAAGAAAAUGUCCACGCCUGUGGAGGUGCUCUCUAAAGGCUUUCCAGCCGAGUUUUCCAUGUAUCUGAACUAUGCACGAGGACUGCGCUUUGACGAGGGGCCCGACUACAUGUACCUGCGGCAGCUUUUCCGUAUCCUGUUCCGCACCUUAAACCACCAGUAUGACUACACCUUUGACUGGACCAUGCUGAAGCAGAAGGUGGCCGCGCCCCCCAGUCACCCAAGCACAGCCAAUCACAUGACAGCUCAAGGCACGCGCCACUCAGAGAGCAGGAACAUGAGCCGGCGCUGAACCGUCAUGAGCUUUGCAUUGCCCAGUGCGCAGGCGACCUCCGUUCACUGGGGCACUUUGAUGCUGACGUGCACUGUCUGAGUGGGUACAAAGUGUGGUGAUGAAAUCAAAAGCAUGCGGAAUUGCCACAUUGAAAGAAAGCUAAUGACUUCAAAUUCUCGCACACCUUGUCAUGUGCAUACUGACGGCUCUGGAGAGGACUUUUUUUAAUCGACAAAUCACUACCUUGUGAUUGUGAAGAGAAAUGUAUCGUGGGCAACACUUUGGAAUGGACAAUCGUUCAGUUUGUUCCUUGAUAACACUUGAAUAUUGUGUCAUUUGUACUGAUGUAAUCUUGGAUGGAUUCCAUGCGCCAUGGUCUCUACUCUAUUUUGUGAAUAUUGUAAAUUAUUAAAUAACAUUGUAAUGCACAAGCAGCCAGAUACGUCCCAAUUUCAAAGAAAUUUUUGCUGGAGGGAAUUGAGUGAUAUAUGAAGAACGCAACUUGACCAAAAUUGAUUAACUGAGGGUUGGAUUUUACUUUCCUUCAUUCUAGACGAUAACCUUUUGGCAUUUACAUAACGGUGUUAUAGUUUUAAGUUUGGAAAAGUACCAUGAUCUGUGAAUUGCAUUCUUUCAAUCACGCUUUUUUUAAGAACAUUAUGUAGGGUCAACAGUUUAGUUUCUGAAAAAAAAAUGAACACAGGACUCUAAGUAUUUACAGGAUUCUCCAGUUUAUUUUCCUGAUUCAGCUCCAAAAUGUAGAUUCAUUUUUGUGUUAUUCUCUUGUAGAUUUUUUUUUAUAUCUUUUGGAUGAAAAAAAAUGGGUGCUCUUUUUUGGAUCUGUAAAUCUUUUAUUGAGAACAUUAGAGCCAAAUCCAGCAUUCCUGUUAGAUUUUUAGCAGGAGAAUAUGUCAGGGAGUGGUACUGGGGAGGAAUUGUUACUGGUUUUUUUUUAUUACGCAGAUGUUUCAAGCAGACAUUUGCAGUAGUUCACACUGCAUGAAGAAGCAUGAUUUGUAUUUUGCAGAUCACAAUUCCUUACGACACGAAAUAACUGCAUGCUGUCCGUCUGCAGAAUGGCGUCCACAGCAGUGGAAAUAUGGAGCUUUAUGUGUACAUACUUACGCACAUUUUGCAUGUGUCAGUGCAGCCGUGUAAAUACACUUGUCUGUGGUAAUAUUUACGUCCCAAAACUAAUGCCAGAAAAAUAGCUGAGUAUAUUGACCGCUUUUAUCAAUUACGGUUGAUGUUGGAACUUGUGUAUAUUUAAUGCGGUUAAUUUUUUCGCCUGCAAUACAGUAAUUACUUUUACAAGUAUGUUAUGUUCCAUUGAUACAGUGGGGUUCAAGAAAAUUGAGGCCUUGUUGGCAUUUGAGAUCGGGACGAGACAGGUACAUGUACAAUUAAACUUAAAUACCUCCAUUACUCAUUUACUUAUUUCCCAUUUCUUAUUUCCUAUUUUCACAUUAAACCCAAUCUUGACUUUUUGUUAAUUACUGCUAUUAUUACAUUGUAUUGUUAUUUUUUAUUUAUUUUGUUAUGUUUUGUGUUUUGUUUUGCGGGAGGACUAGCUGAUAAUUUUUUCAAUGCAAUAGCUUGUACAUGUGAGCGGAUACUCAUAAUUUAACUUUGCCAAAAUGUAUGUGAUCUCAUGAAGCAGUGCAUAGCUUCACUGUGAAGAAUCGACAGGAUUUUAAACUUUAUAAUUACGGCACUUUUUCAAAAUGGUGGUCCUGUGUGUGUUGUUUAGAGGGAGCUGACCAAAUACUCUUUUUAUGCGUACAAAUUGUUAACUGUCAGAAAUUGGUUUGAAGAACUUCAUUGACGGAGCAUGAUUUCCUCUACGUACAAUGUGUAAGAACCACCCAAGUUAGCUAAUGUGGUUUUGAUUAACAUUACCUUUAGACUAGGAGCAAAUUACUGCAAUACUCAACAUCUAAAAGUGCACGGCACUAACUACAUGUAGUUAACUAUCCCUCGAUAGCAGAGACUGAUGAGGCGUCGUGACUUUCAUCGGGUGAGAUUUCUCUGCUUUAGAGCUGUUUUCACAUUUUGUUGGUUAGUAUUUCAGCUUUUUUUCCCUCACUGGCUGUGUACAAAAGUAUAGGGGACUUUCACAGUUCAGCUUUUUUAUGCCCUUUUUCAGAUGAUUUCAGCUAUUUUUAUCAUUGUUCAAUCUCAACCCUGUUUAAUGCGCCCGUUACUCACGUACGUGCAACGAACCUUCUAGGCGAAGCGAGUAGAGACUACACACUACAGAAUUAUGAGCACGCACACAUAACAUGUACUCGACACGUGUAGUGUCUACGCUAUUCGCCUGGCAGCACAGCUGCUCGGGAAAGCGCAAAAUGCAGGGCCUGAGGCCGUUUUCCAAUACUCGACUUGGGCUCCGUCUCGGGCUUCAACUGUUUUUUACUUCCUGACUUUGAGGUUGUAAACACAAUAGCAAGUCUCAUAGUGCCACAACACAUCAAGUAAGAUGCAAAAGAGCCAAACAUUACAGUAUUUCAAUUUAAGGUAAACGCUUCAGGCCCAUAAUCGAGGACACCAAGUUGAGUAUUGGAAAACGGGCUAAUUAGUGUGACUUUUUGGGAAGGCUGGCGAUGUUUAAUAGUCCAACAUCGCCAGCCUCCCGUAAUGUCCGUAAAUGCAGUUUCAUCAAUGUUGGUUUUCAACAUUGAUGUAAACCAUUCAGGUGAGCGUUCUACCUGAAAUUGUGGGACUGCAAAGAUUUAUUUAAAAUUGGCAAUUGUGGCUGCGGUUAUCUUAACUACAGGUAUAUAAUUGUAUCUUUGUCGGUUGGCCACAGGGAACUCUGUGACAAUAGUGUAUACUCCCGGAAGCGCUUACAAUGUAUUUCGUCCCACCAGUUGUCCUGAGUUCGGAGUUUGAUUUAACUUUCUAAGUUGAGUACGCCUGUGUAAAUGUUACAGAGUGCUAACAAUGAGCAUUCGUAACUUUCAUUCAGAAUAAAAUAUUUGCCAUAAUUA